ACGAAGGCAAAUUAAAUUUUAUGCUUUCCUUCUCCUUUUAGGUUUAAAGCUACUCUCCGUGUAAAAUUCUGUAUCAUCAAAAAAUAAAUAAAAUAAAAUGCUACUCUCUGUUUAUUUUUCUUGGUCAGAUAUUAUAUCCAUGAUUCUCUGUUCAUAAUCUUUGAAAGAAAUUAGAUUAGAGGAGUGAGUUUCAGUAACAUGAAGAUCGUUCGCAAAGACAUUGUUCGCGACGGACCUGGUAGCGUAAAGAUGGUACCGGUGGAUUCCGAUGAUCUCUGGUUUGCUUAUAAUCUAAUAGCCACGGGAGAUUCUGUUAUGGCUGUCACUGUGAGGAAAGUUCUCAGGCAAGCGGCUAGCGGUGGAAGAGAUGCAGAACGUGUGAAGUUAAAGUUGGAAAUAAAAGUUGAGGAGGUUGCUGAUUAUGACACUUCAGGGGCUGUUUUGCGUAUACGUGGAAAGAACAUCCUAGAGAAUGAGCACGUAAAGAUUGGGGCAUUCCAUACUUUAGAACUUGAGCUUCAUCGACCUUUUGUGUUAAGAAAGGAUGUUUGGGACUCAUUGGCGUUGGAUGUACUUCAGCAGGCCUCUGAUCCUGCUGCAAGUGCUGAUUUAGCUGUAGUUUUAAUGCAAGAAGGAUUAGCGCAUGUCUUCCUUGUUGGUAAAAGUGUCACAGUUACUCGUUCACGGAUAGAAACAUCAAUUCCUCGGAAACAUGGACCUGCUAUUGCUGGUUACGAAUCGGCUCUGAAUAAGUUCUUUGAGAAUGUAUUACAGGCUUUCUUGAAACAUGUUGAUUUCGCUGUUGUCCGGUGUGCGGUGAUUGCAAGUCCAGGCUUCACAAAGGACCAGUUUCAUCGUCACUUAUUGUUGGAGGCAGAAAGAAGACAGCUCAGACCUAUUAUCGAGAACAAGUCACGGAUAGUUCUUGUGCAUACAACAUCAGGAUACAAACAUAGUUUGAGAGAGGUUUUGGAUGCGACAAAUGUUAUGAGUAUGAUAAAAGAUACUAAAGCAGCACAAGAGGUUCGAGUGCUCAAGGAUUUCUUCAACAUGCUUUCAAACGAUCCUUCACGCGCAUGCUAUGGACCAAAGCAUGUUGAGGUCGCCCAUGAACGAUUGGCUAUUCAAACACUUCUCCUCACAGACGAGCUUUUCAGGAAUACUAAUACUGCAGCUAGGCGAAAGUAUGUCAAUCUGGUCAACUCGGUAAAGGAUUCAGGGGGCACUGUUCACAUAUUUUCAUCUUUGCAUGUCUCGGGAGAACAACUGGCGAAUAUAACUGGCAUUGCUGCAAUCCUUCGCUUCCCACUGCCCGACCUUGAAGACCUAGAGAUGUGAUUGUGAAAUGGAGAGUGAUGGUGUAUUCUCUUCUCAAAUGGCACCAACGUAUUAUUAUUGUUAUUAUUGUCAUUGUUAUUAACUUAUCAAGAAAAUUAGUUUCAGCAUCAUUAUUAUUAUUGUGAUUAUUAUGUAAUAAAGGUUGCCACCGGUGACUGGAGCUUCGAGGGUGGUGGUUCUUGUGGGGUGGAUAGAGGGGUUCACUAGCAGAAUAAUGUAGGGACUUGUAUCAUAUAAUAGGCAGUGCUCACUUGAUUUUGCUUUUCACAAAAAUUUUAUUUGAACUUUUCAA